AUAGAUUGGAGAUAAAAAAACAAAAUACGAAGAACACAAAAGAGAGAAAAAGGAGGGAGAUGUGACUUAAUCUGAGAUGGAAGAAGAGAAAAUAUAGGAGAUAUAAGUAAUUAAAAAGAAAACAUUUAUCUGGACCACGGUAUUCGAGGAGCUUUCUUCGAAGUUUUCUCCAUUUCUAAUCUAAUAUUGGAACAGGGUUGGCAUCCCCAAUGGUCAAACAACAUUAAGUGGCAGGCUGUAGGCGAGGGGAGAGCAGCAUUCAAUAAGGUAAAGAGUAGAGGGAGAGAGAGAGAGUUAAGAGUGGGUGGGUGGGUGGAUGGGUGGAUGGGGUGUUGGGGAACCAAACAAAAGGUGGGGCAACCAAAAGUCACUUCCUCACCAUCUCCUGAUUCAACUAUGUUUUUCAAGAUCACAAUUAUCUCUCUUUUUUUUUUCCUUUUUACCUACUGUAUUUCUAUUUAGUACUGUAAUUUCUUUCCUAUAUAUACUGCUUUAAGAGCUCAGUACAGAAUGUGGAAAACAUUACAAUACAACUCUGUGUGUGUGUGGUGCUGCCUUUUUUCACUAAAAUUCAAAAGCCAUACCUGCACCGCCAUUAAGAUUCCCAUUUCUCCAUAUCGCCACCUCAACCUUUCCUCCAUAACCAAUGGAUUAUGCUCCCAAGGUCAGCCAUGGCGGCACUGUCCUCCAUUCCACUCAAUUAUUCACACACCUUCGCUUGACUUUCUUCCAACUUCUAAACUUUCUCGUUCUCAUUCUCGUGAGUUCCAUUGAAAUUUAUAUUUUCUUAAAAGGAUGGAACCCCAUUUUCCACAUCUUCCUACUCCUGUCUUGUUAUGUCGUCUUCAUUAUCAUAAAGCCUUCCAUUCUGAAUGCUCCUCGUUCAGUUUAUUUAGUUGACUUCUCAUGCCUUAAACCCCCAAGCUUCUGCAGAAUUCCCUUCUCUUUUUUCCUAGAAAAUGCGACUUUGAUUGAUACUUUUGAUAGCGAUAGCAUCAGUUUCAUGGCCAAAACUCUCAAAUCUUCUGGACAAAGUGAAGAAACAUGUCUCCCUCCAGCUUUACACUUCAUUCCACCCAAGACCCAUCAACAGGAAUCCAUCAAUGAAGUCCAUAUGGUGCUGUUUCCUGUCAUGGAAGAUCUUUUAACCAAAACCCAUCUCUCUCCUCGUGACAUUGACAUUCUGAUCGUUAAUUGCAGUGGCUUUUGUCCUUCUCCUUCCCUCUCCUCCAUAGUUAUCAAUCGAUUCUCCAUGAGAAGUGACAUUAAGAGCUAUAAUCUCUCUGGAAUGGGGUGCAGUGCAAGUGCUGUUGCCAUUCAAUUAGCUGAAAAUCUUCUUCAGGUCCACGAGAACUCUUAUGCCAUUGUGCUUAGUACAGAAAUUUUGUCGAACGGUUGGUAUGCAGGAAAAGAACACUCUAAACUACUCCUGAACUGUUUCUUCCGUAUGGGAAGUGCAGCUAUUCUACUCACAAACAGAAAAGAAGCGAAAGAUUCUUCAAAAUAUAAACUACUUAAAACGCUUCGAAAUCAGACAUCAUUCGACGACAAAAGUUACCUUUCAGCCAUUCGCGAGGAGGACGCGGACGGAAAACUCGGAGUCUCUGUGACACGAGAUACGCUUCAGGUUUUCCCCGAAACUCUCCGAACAAACAUAACCAUUAUGGGUUCUUCGAUCUUGCCGCUGUCGGAGAAACUCCGUCACGGCGUUUCCAGGCUGCGAAAGCGAUACGUGGACAAAUCGCAAGAAAUUUACGUGCCGAAUUUCAAGAGCGUGAUUCGGCAUUUUUGCUUGCCGGUAUCGGGGGGUCCGGUGAUAAGGGCGAUCGGAAAAGUGCUGAAGCUUAAGGAGAAGGAUUUGGAGGCGGGAUUGAUGACUCUCCAUAGAUUUGGGAACCAGUCGUCUUCUGCGCUGUGGUAUGAACUUGCGUAUUUGGAAGCUAAAGAGAGAGUCGAAAAAGGAGACACGGUUUGGCAAAUAGGGAUGGGCACUGGGCCCAAAUGUGUUAGUUUGAUUUGGGAGUGUGUGCGGCCCAUUAUUGGAGAGUCCAAGAACGAUCCAUGGGCCCAAGCAAUCGAUCGGUAUCCCAUUUAGGCCCAUUAACCUAGAAGAUCUUGAUCUUUCAAUGGAUGUAGUGUAGACCCAACUAAUAAAAUUGGUUUUUUCCUUGCUUCCUGUUUC